UUAUAAACACAGCAAAGCACCGCCGGCGAAACACGCUGCGGGUGUUGCUAUUGAAGCGGGUGGGGAGGUUGGACGUUGGUUGUGAGCGGCGCAGAGCGCUGCCGUGAUCCUCCCUCCCUCCCUCCCUCUCUCCCCGCCUGCAGCCGAGUGAAGGAGCCGGACAGUGCGGGGAGCGGUUGGUUGGCAGUUGGCAGUUGGUCGGCCCUACUCCUCGCGCGCCGCCGACCAUGAGCUGCCGGAAGCGCAGCGCGGGCCACAUCACCGUCCACAGGCGGCUGCAGACAGACGGCUACCCCGGAGCUGUCGAUGUUGCAAAAUAUCCCACAAAAUCUCCUUUGGCACAAAGUUGUGCGAGAAUUGAGAUUCCAGAGAAAAGUCACAGUGAAUCAGAAAUAAAGCAAUGUACGGACUGGCUCUCAAGGAAGUAUUUUACUCAUCUCCAGGCCAUCGCGGAUCUGGAAUCCAGUGAGGUUUAUGAUCUCUGUCAGCCUAUACAUGACACACAUGAAAGCUUUGUGAAGGAGUUGGAUACAUAUUUGGCCUACAAGGAUGUGCUAAACCUGCGAAAGAAAGAGCUAUUGUACAAGAAAUGGAAUGAGUGUGUUUAUCAACCAAUGCAGUGGAAACUCCAAUCAAUAUUAACUCAGUCAUUCGAACGAAGGCGAGCUUCGAUUUUACAGUACCUAGAUUACUGCAAAAAGAAGGGGCCAGUGUUUUUGGAAAAUUAUCAUAAAGAUGACUUCAACCCAUUUGUCCAACACCUGUGCAAACCUCAAACAUUAAAGCCAAAGACUUCAACACUCAAUGAUCCUCUGCUGUUGCAGAGUCGAAGCAAGAGUGAAGAAGACAAUGCGAUACAGCAGUGCCAUGAGGGCACAAUUUUCUCUUUGAAAGAAAGUACACCAUUUUUCUGGCCACCAUUACCUCUAUUCCCAUUGGGUCGCCAUAAUAUCGACAGCAUUGCGUGGCUUCGUGUGCCACUGAGUUAUAUUGAGAGUGACAUUCGCCGAAGAAGGAGGAAACGAAUGGAAACUACUAAAACCUAGACACACACUCAUCCAGUUUUGCUGGCCAGAUGCAAAUUUGUAAGAAGUUUUUCCAAGAAUCACACUGAAUGGACAAUCUAAUAUCUACUAUUGUUUACAGAUGCAAAUCUUUUGGAUUCAUUUACUCAACAAUUUAUGCUCAUUUCUUGAAAAUUGUGCUGAGCCUCCUUGUAUGACAAUCAUCUCUUUUAAACUAAUAGGUAAUAAAAUGACAUUGCUUAAAAUUGGAA